AUGGACAGUGACAACUGGAGCAACGACUCGUGUUAUGACCUACAGGAGGUACCAAGAGCUGCCCUUGCCGUCCACGCUUUGCUCGUCUCUGUGGUAAUUGCCGCGACUUUGGCGGGAAACGGGCUCAUUCUGCUCCUGGUGGCCAAGUUCAAGGUCCUGCGGAGCCGCUCCGUGGUUGCCAAGCUGAGUCUCACCUGCGUCGACGUUCUCUGGUGUCUCUGCUACCACGCACCAGCUCUCGUGUCCGCCUCGGCCUCGGGUUGGGUGUUUGGGGAAUUGGGCUGCUCGGCUUUCGGCCUACUCUCCGUACAGUUUCUGUUGACUCGCUGGCUGGUUCUCGCAGUCGUGUGCAUCGACCGGUUCAGCAACGUUCGCUUCCCCUUUUCCUACGCCAAGUACAGCAAGUUCUUGUUGGUGGUGCUGACGGUUACGGCCUUGAUACUGCCGUUCCUGCUGGCGGUUUUCCCCGUCAUAUCAGGCCUGUCACGGGAGGAGUUCAGACCCAACAUCCCCACCUGUCUGUACGGCUGCGAGACCUCCGCCUGCCGCCUGUACUACGGCAUUGUCGUCUCCUCGUCUUUCGUCAUAGGUGUAGUAAUUCCCACUGUACUCUACGUGUGGCUGUAUCGCAGAGCCAGGUCUCUCAGACCAACAGCAGUGGUUCUAGGGAAGAUGGCUCUCCAGCCAGCCACUGGACUCAUCACAAAUCACACUCUUCUUUCCAGUCAUCCCGACAAGUGGUCUCGUGACAUUCACAGCUACCUCACCCUCAUCCUAAUCCUCGUUACAUUCGUCGUGACCUCCCUCCCUGCAUAUGUCUCACAGAUUGUCCGCAGUGCGAACGUUGAGGCGUGGUGCCAGAUACCUAUCUACAUACACUUUAUCAUUCAGCUAGUGUUUCUCUCCUCCACAGCACUUGAUCCGCUAGUCAUAAUGAGAGACAGGGAUUUCCGGCAGUGCCUCAAACACAUGUUUUGUUGCUGGAAAACUGUCAAUCCUUACCACGAGAACUUAUCUCUUCACUCCACUAACAUUCGUAGACAAAGCGUGGACAUUCUCUCUUCUCCACUCAGUAAUGGAUCCAACGAAGGUUUGGUGUCUUUGCAAGAUUUCACACCCACAUCUAAUCACAUACAGACUCAAACUGACUGUGACCACCAUCAGACAACGUUCUUAUAGCACAUAUACCACGUUUGAUUGCCAUUUGUGUUGAAAAAUCAGUUAAAAAAAUGAAUUUGUGCCAGAUGAUAUAAAAUGAAAAAUCGGGAUGAGCGUGAGAUAUUAUGAUGAUGAACCAAGAAAUGUGAACUGGGUAUAAUAUAGUGCCAGAUGGUAUAGCUAUAAAGUAUCCUAUGAAUAACUGGUGACCUGCUUGGGAAUGCAAGAAGAAUUCAGUCAAUGUAAAUAAUAUUACCUCUGAAGGGUUUCUGAAAGACUUGUGAAUUGCAGUACCUGACGUGUGUUGAGAGGGCAACUAUUAAAAAAUCUUUUUUAUUAGCUCCAGACAAAACCUUCCCAGUCCAAUAGGUUGAGAAGAGGUUGGUUUGUGUGCUUGUAGAGCACUCUGAGUUUCUUCCUGUCCAUUUCACUCAAUUGCUGCCUUGGUCCCUGGCCUCCCCGUCCUGUGUUGUAGGAAGUUGAGGUGAUGAAUGCGGUUGUGUUGCGAUCCAGAGGGGGAAGUCCGAGGAAUUCAAUCACUUCCUCAAAGACUCCCCGCGUGUUGUGGAAAAACUCCUCACUGUUUAGGAUGAGAAUGUUUUCAGGAGGAAAGUUGCACAACCAGUUCAUGAUAUGGACGUAGUAGAGCCCUUCAAAGACCAUAUUGCUAGAGGGGUUGAAGAGGCAGCGAAAUUUCUCCCAGGAGUGCUCAACGCUUUGUAUGUCUGCUCCAUUCUUGAGGGCAGCGUUGAUAAAUCUCUCCAACUCAAGAUUGACCAUGGUCGAUGCCUUGGUGUUGUUGCUAUAGCCCCUCAACUGUAGCCGGAUCCGCAUGCGGUAGUUUGACUCCAACCUCUUGAUCGGGUCUCGAAGGAGAAUCACAAUCUUUGCCUGUUUUCCGCACGACCUCCACAGUCUCUCUGGUACAUUACAGCUGGUCAGAUACCCCACACUUGACUCUCCGGUCGUAUAGUGGCUGGUGUGCUCAAACAGCUUCAUAUACUGGCUCCAUUUCCAGCUCUUCCAGUGGGAGGAAAAGUAGUAGGUUUCGCCCACCUUUGGACCCCUGUCUAAAAGAAUUCCCUUGAACGAAGGGUGUCUGGAGACGUACAUGUAGAGAGACGAUGUCCCGGCUUUUCUCGCUCCGACGAUGAAGAGGGAAGGGCAGUCGAGGUGGUUAGGGACGAACUGGCUGCGUUGGCCAAGCAUGAGGGAGCCGCGGGGGCACAUCUUGGCGUAGUCCAACUGCAGUUGGGUCCCGAGUCUCGAGUACUUCGUCUUGUUCGCUCUGCGGGGAGUCUCCGAGGCUACCUGGCUGUAGUUCACGGUCGGACGGGGAGCAGCAGCUAACUCUUGGGCUUCUGCGAAAACUCGCGAGCCGCGGCAGUCGCAGCCGGCUUCGACGACAUUGGAAAGGGCGCGUGGAAUAUUCUGGGGAUUGCUUGUCUUGAGAAUUACCAAGACGGCAUUAGGUAUCACGGUCAGUGACAGAAACACCAGUAAUAGUCUACUCGGCUUCCCCAUGUCGCGAUCGCGGA